GAGUGAGUUGCCACUGUGCGGCUCCCUGUCCCAUUAACUUCAGCUCCCUGGUUCGAGCCAAACCAGUCAGCCAAGGUGGUCCAGGCACGGGCACGUCAGGAGACUUCUAAGGAGUUUCACAGGCAGAAAUAUGGGGACUCACUGAAGACAUCAUAACGUCCUUCAUCGGCAGAAUCCAGCUGGAGUAACCGAAAGCCUAGCCGUCAGCCCCCCCUCUCUGACGUUGCUCAUGUGGGACAGCGGCCAGUAACAGGGUAACAGUGGCACUCUGGCAGUCUGUAUCAGGUCAGGAGAUAACAGACACCACAGGGCAGGCAGGCAGAGAGGGAGCUGAGAGAUGAAAGCAAAAGACAAAUGAGACCGAUCGACUGUCAAGAAGAAGAUCCUUAAAAGAAGAGGCAACAGCGGACACCAUGAACUACGUGGGCCAGCUGGCAGGUCAGGUGCUGGUAACUGUCAAAGAACUGUACAAGGGCAUUAAUCAGGCCACGUUGUCGGGCUGUAUUGAUGUUGUGGUUGUCCGCCAGCGAGAUGGCACCUACCAGUGCUCACCAUUCCAUGUGCGCUUUGGCAAGCUGGGUGUACUCCGCUCCAAAGAGAAAGUGAUUGACAUUGAAGUGAAUGGAGAGCCGGUAGAGCUGCACAUGAAGCUUGGUGACAAUGGAGAGGCCUUUUUUGUCCAGGAAUCUGAGCAGCUGAAUCAGAUUGUCCCUGCCCACCUGGCCACCUCUCCAAUCCCCACCGAGAGUCACCUGUUCUGGAUCUCAGAGGUUGAGCACAGGGCACCGAAAGAUCUGGAGGAUGACCCCGCUGACCCCGAGGACCCACCCGAGCUUCCUGCUCCGAACACCAUGUCCACAAAAAAGAAGAAGAGACGGAAGAAGAAGCACAAAGGAGACCCCCGAAGAGAGGAGCUGACCCCGCCCAUGUCAGUGAUGACGGGUAAUGCUAUUGCUGCUAACGCACCUGCUGCUACGACUGCUGCUAUGUCCAGCACUGGGCAAAAUGAAGAGAUCUUUGAGAUGGACAUGAGCUCUGACGAGGAAGCUGCAGCACAUGUCUCGAGGUCACCUUCAGUGACUACAAUGCGAGACAUUGACCCCAAAUUAACCGCAGCCAGACACAACCUCGAUGGUUAUCCACUGUCUGAUGGGGACUGGCCGUCAAAUGACAGUCAUGGCUUGUCUCAGGCCUUUUCCCCAAAGAGUGACUCUGAACUUAUGGUCAGGCCCUCAGAGAGUUUGCUCAGAGCGGAGUCCCACAUGCAGUGGACCUGGGGGGAGUUUCCAGAAACAACCAGGGUCACCAAAAAAGAGAAACCAGAACUACUAAAAACAGUGACCAUCACCCCAUCAGAGAACACCCACUUCCGCGUCAUCCUCAGCUCUGAGGCCAUGGAGAACGACACUGAGAUUGAAAGGGGAGGUGGUGCCUCCUCUUCCGUGUGUACCAUCGUCAAGCCCGAGCCACGCACCCCGAUCACCACUGUAACACCCGUGAUUCCUCUCGCAUCUGUUGACACCAUUACCUCUAUGAGUCCUGUAACCCCCACAGAGCCCCUGGAUGUCCUGCCACCCAGUGUGGCAACCUCCACCCCUUACAACAGCCAACAGAGCGAUUCACCCUCUAAAAAGAAAGGUGUCCCAAAGAGGAGCCAGCAUCAGGGUCCCGAGGAUAUCUACCUAGAUGACCUGAAUGUACUUGAACCUGAUGUUGCUGCACGAUAUUUUCCUAAGAGUGAGUCUGAGGCAGCGACAAAGCACUGGAUGGACUCAGAGAUGCACUCUGGUUCCCAGUCUCCCCAGUCAGUGGGCAGUGCAGCAGCUGACAGCGGGACAGAGUGUCUUUCUGACUCGGCUAGUGACCUCCCCGACGUCACUCUUUCUCUGUGUGGAGGCCUCACAGAAAAUGCUGAAAUAUCCAAAGAAAGGUUCAUGGAGCAUAUCAUCACCUAUCUGGAAUUUGCUGAAAAUCCAGCAAUAAUAGAUAACCCCAACCUGGUAGUAAAGAUAGGAAAUAGAUAUUAUAAUUGGACACUAGCUGCACCCUUGAUUCUAAGUCUACAAGCAUUUCAGAAGAACUUACCAAAGGCUACAGAGGAGGCCUGGGUGAAGGAGAAAAUGCCAAAGAAGUCAGGCCGCUGGUGGUUCUGGCGAAAAAGGGCAGAUAGUACAAUCAAGCAGUCUGAGACUAAGCUUGAAACCAAGGAGGAGUCUCAACUGGAGGAGGAAGGACCCUCCAUGUCUCAGGAGAAACUGCCCUUACAGCCUAAAGCAGGAGACUCGUCCAGUGAUGAAGAGGCCAAGGAGCUGAGCGUUGCAUCCUGUCAGGAGAGACUGCAGUCAAUAGAUAGUCAGCACCACCCCAGCCCACACACUUACAGGAAGUCACUACGCCUCUCCUCUGAUCAGAUAGCCAGUCUGAAACUGAAGGAGGGACCUAAUGAUGUGACAUUUAGCAUCACCACCCAAUACCAGGGCACAUGCCGCUGCGAGGGCACCAUCUACCUGUGGAACUGGGACGACAAAGUCAUUAUCUCUGACAUUGAUGGCACCAUCACCAAGUCAGAUGUGUUUGGACAGAUCCUGCCACAGUUGGGGAAGGACUGGACCCACCAGGGCAUUGCCAAGCUCUACCACUCAGUAGCUGAGAACGGCUACAAGUUCUUGUACUGUUCAGCGCGGGCUAUUGGCAUGGCUGACAUGACAAGAGGUUACCUGCAGUGGGUCAAUGAUGGAGGCACCAUUCUACCCCGGGGACCUCUAAUGCUGUCUCCCAGCAGCCUCUUCUCUGCCUUCCACAGGGAGGUCAUUGAGAAGAAACCAGAGAUCUUCAAGAUUGAAUGCCUUACAGAUAUCAAGAACCUGUUCCAGCAUAACAUGCAGCCAUUCUACGCCGCCUUUGGGAAUAGAGCUAAUGAUGUGUUUGCCUAUAAGGAGGUGGGAGUUCCAGUGUGUAGGAUCUUCACAGUCAACCCCAAGGGAGAGCUGAUCCAGGAGCAGACCAAGGGCAACAAGUCCUCUUACAGCAGGCUUAGUGAGCUGGUGGAGCAUGUGUUCCCUCUGUUGAGUAAAGAGCAGAACGAGGCCUUUGUCUUGCCGGAGUUCAGCUCUUUCUGUUACUGGAGACAGCCCAUACCAGACAUCAACCCUGAUGAACUGCUCUAAUCCAGCACAUAUGGAUGCCCAGGUGCUCAUAUACAUGCAAUUGGACUGUGCACUUGAAUGCAUCUCCAGGAAACCCAAACUUUCCUAUAUACCACUCAUAUGCACACACAGUGACAGGGUUAUGACCAUAAAAUACACAAAAAAGGUAAACAGUAAUUACCCAUUCAAGAGGAAUGGGAAAUUACGAAGUUAUCUCCAGAAUUUUACCCCAGUGAGCACUCUAGUCCCCAUCAAAGUACUGGGAUAAAUAUCAGAGACUAAUCCUUUCACUUGGUAACUUCUAGCAGGGAAGCGAAUGAAGCCCCACACCAGGCACUAGCCCCUUAGCACCAGAGUCUGUGCUGCGCAGAAGGGAAAGACAUUGUUUUUCUUGAAUCAAGUUUUUCCACAUUUCUCGGAAUGCCCUGAAGAAGUGAAAUGUUCAAAGCGACAACAACAACAAAAAGACACACAAGGUAGGCAAACAGUGGUUAAUGGCUGGAGAGUAACUGCUGCACAACCUAUGAACCGUAGACUGCAGUUAGUUACUGUAGGUGUUCAGUUUUGUUCCUGACUCUCUCGACUCUGGACUGAAGUUCAGUUCUGCUGCUGGAGCAGCUUUCAAAUCGCCACUUUAUCCUCGGAGAGUUUAUGAGUCAUGUUUGGUAUUGUUAAUAUUCAUGGUCAUAGCAGGGAUAUUUGUUUGCCAACAAGUAUGUGAAGAUACACCUUUAGGUGCGACUUAAAAACAAUAUGAAGCAGCUUCAUGGUAUAUUGUCUCGCUGUUAUUUUAACAUGAUUAUUGUGUUAUACAAGCUCUGGCGAAAUCAAGUGCGUUUUGUUAACAAUGCGGUCAUUAUUUAAGAUAAUUGGUAUGUUUUUAAGUUAUUGAUUUCUGUCGUGAUUGCCUUUGCUUGUCUGAAAAAGUAAUUUAUCGCCAAUGAAAUGUGGAUAUACUUCAAAUUGGUAUUUUGUAUGGUUGGUCAUACUGUAGGUUAACAUGCUCCUAACAGUAACUGCUAGGCCUUGUGUACGAUCUUUUUUUCUUUUUAGCCUUGUAUCCCAUUUUCACAACGAUUUUUGUAUUCCUUGUUUUACAGUGAAACUUUCAACAUGUAAGGUCUAAACACAUUCCUCAACCUCAUAAUCCACAGCUUUAGUAUUAAAAUAUUCAUGUAAAUGUAAAUGAUAGCACUCAAACUGGAACAGUGGAAAUAAGCAGCUCUGGAGAGAGGGCUUAAAAUGAAGGAUUUUUGGUUCGCGAGGUCCUCUGUAGGAUGACUAUGGGAAGAUGCAAGUUUGUCUGUGCGCGCAUGCAUACCUAAUCACUGAGUGCUGCUGCUGUUGGGGUGACUGGAUUCAUUCACGCUUUUCUUAUGUUCCCUCAGUGGCUUUGCCGAGACUUAUCCUACGCACUUUGUCUAAGCUGCACUCAGAACACUUCUCCCCACAUGCACUUCACUGAAGGUCUCUAUAGACAGCAGACCAGAGUAUGCAAUUAAUGCAGGAUGGAAGAGUUCUAGUUUUACCUCUUUGUUGUGUGAGUGACCUUCUGACACCACAGACAAAUCAGCUAUUCUGAAAUAUGUCAAUAUAAACUAUUAUUUAAAGAGGAUGUGUAGGCUGCAAGGCAAAAUGUGGGGAUGUUCAUCUGAGGUGCUGGACCGAGGUGUGUGUGUGUGUGUGUGCGUGUGCGUGUGCGUGUGCGUGUGUGUGUGUGUGUGUGUGUGUGUGUGUGUGUGUGUGUGUGUGCGUGUGCGUGUGUGUGUGUGUGCGCGCGCGCGUCCGUCCGUCCGUGCCUCUGGUGACCAGAGGAAAAAAAAAAAUUGGGGUUUUGUUUGGAGAUAAAGAGGAAAUACUUGAGGAAGCUUUUUGAAAGCGCUUCACUGGCAUUAUGUGUGUUGUGUUGUAGGAAAAGACUGGUGGGCAGAUGUGCCACUCCACUGACAUGGAUCAUACCUCCAGCACAAGUGUAACCGUAACUAAAUAGUAGUAUGUGCUAUUGAGGAUUCAAAAUCAGAAGAGAGUUGGACAGAGACUUAACAGCCGAAAACCAUUUAAUGGAACAAAAAGCACAAUUUACGAUCAUGGCUAGUUUGUGACUAUUAUCGUCAUUAUUUCGCUGAAGUGUUUCCGCAUUCACUAUGUAGCGCAGAUGUUUUUUGUGAUGAUUAAGAUGUGUGUUUUGCUUUGAGUUAUUUGCUUGUUUGGUAAAGUCAAAUAGAUGUAUAUCUUAUGAUUAACAAAAUGAAUUCCAUUCUUUCUAUGAAAGUAAA